AUGGACGCAGACAGACGACUCGUGAAGGCUCUGGAGGCCGCCAACGAUGCCCUCCAACACCUUUCCAUGUCACCGGACUUCGGAUGCCUGGACUGCACACACAUCGACCGUCUUCUUGCUAGGGUAGUCGACCUGCCAACAGAGGGAAACCAGAGGAACAGCAGGCGCAACCUCUUGGUUAUACGGCAAUGGAUGAUCACAGAAGGGCCGGGUGUGGUACUGCUGGAGGUGCUUGGACAGCUGUACUGGCGGUUGGGGGAACUCAACGCGAAGCAGUUUGAGAAGUUCAAGACCACACUACAGGCACAGCAGCCCUACCUAGCGCUCAUCCAGGACACUGCCGCUGUCACACUUGUCAUCCAGCGGAUCCGACACAUUCAAAGGUCCAAGGCAGAUGCCUGCCAGGACUUUCUGUGCGAGCUCUCCGACUUGACGGGUGCAAAGGUUGAUUCACCAAUGGCAGACAUGGAUGUCACGCGAGGAAGGUCGAGCAGCCCAUUCUCGCCUGGACACUCUGCACACCACUCGGUUCAUUCUUUCGAUAGCUCGGCUUCUCAAGAAGAGGCAUACACAAGCUUGGUCAAGUAUGUGCCUGACAGCAGCCUUUUUGGUGGAGACAUCGAACAGCUUCUGUUCGAUUUCUUCAUCAACGGUAUCUGCCCCGGCCGCACUACUGCGACCCAGACCAACACCUACCUUUCACUUCUCCAGACCGCCAACGCUUGCGAGAGCACCAAGUAUGCUCUCUUGAGCCUCAGCGCUUCUUACAUCCGCGAAUACCUUCACUCAGAUAAGGAGCGCUACCACCAGGCUGAACUUUACUACUCUGGCCAGGCUUUCCAGGCCCUGGGCCAGCAGAUCAGCAAUGGGGACAAUUACGACGCCGCUCUCGCCACAGCCAUGCUGCUUAUGCAUCACGGCGCAAUCAACGACUCGGACGAGACGAGUCUGUGCUGGUCCGUCCACGCCAACAUCUUCGACAUCAUUCCAUCAGAGUUCAUCGACCACGCAUCAGAGCCAGCUCUCUACAUGCGCACUCAGCUCGUGCUUGCACGUACUGGUCAACCCGCGUACACGCUUGAAAACGCCCCCUUGCCUCAGUCUCUGGAGGCCAACAACUGGCUAGACGGCAUGCAGAAUGGGGAUGCGCAAAAGAUCAGCAGCAUUUCGGGCAUGUCCCCUCAACUUGUCUUCUUCAUCUCUUCCAUCAACUCGCUAGCGACCGAGAACGGACCGAACAAGCACAUGUACGCGCAAGUGCUGGAGACACAGCUGCAGAACCUCAGGCAGUGGACCCCGGAACCUCAAGGCGAUGGACGCGACAUCAUCCUCGCUACUGCAGAGACUUCCAGGCUCGCCGCACUUAUCUACUUGAGGUGUCGUCUGUAUGGUCUGACUCGCUUCAACCCCAUGAUCAUGGAGCUCAACGAUGCGCUGACCCAAGUCAUCCUCUCCCUUCCUGUCAAGGGACAUCUCUACACUGCGAUCUACCCUGUUUGGCCUGUCUUCAUCGCCGCCGUCACUGCCAACUCCGACAAGCGCGACUGCCUCUACCAGCGCGUCGUGCCAAUUCGCGAGGGUGACAAGAAUACUCUACCUGCCGUCCUCAAGCGUGUCUCAGGCAUGCGGAUCUGGCUUGCGAAGCAGGACCCGGCCUCGCUGCUUCGUGAUGGCUGGUGGGACGAGAUGCUGCUCCCCAGCAGCAGCACCACUGCAGUGUCAGCCAACCGCCUCUUGUGCCUCGGCUAA